AGGAAAAAUAUACUUGCAAUUCUACAAAAAAAACAAGAAGAUCAUAACACUAAAGCUUUCUCUCCCUUUGUCAAUAGCAAAAAAAAAUGAUGGAUUCAUUAGCUAAAUGCUUCAACGGACUUCAAGAAAGAUACGAGAGUGUUCUUGAAGCUAAAUCAAUCUUCAAAGACGACUUAACAUCGCCUCUGAAUGGUUCAGAGAGUUCACUAGAAUCCAUCAAAAAGUCUCGUUGCUUGCAAAGAGCCAAGAGGAUUGACAGAUCCUUAAGGUUCGAAGAUGAAAAUGAAGAGAUGGCAAAGCCUUUGAAGCCACGUAAAGUUGUGAGGUUUCAGUUGGAGAAGAACAAGAUUUUCGAGCCCAACAAGCCGGUGAGGUAUGAGUUUGAACCUGAGGAGAAGCCUCUGGAAGAGAAAGAAGGUUCGAAGAAGCUUGAAGGGAAGGAGGAAGUUGUGAGGGUUAAGAUCAAGAUGACCAAGCAAGAAGCUGAAAGAUUAUUAGCGAAAUGUAAAGACGACAGCGUUUUGGAUUUGGAGCAUGUUGUGGACCAGAUUGCAUACUUUUCGAAUCAUCAGCUUCAACUUGAUGUGGUUGUGGUUGCUUCUAAGUUAUAAUGAUGAGGAACAAAAGGAGAUGGCUGCUGGUUUAUCCUUGAUGUAAUCAUUUUUAGUUUGUUUAAUUUCAACCGUGUUCAUUGAAUUUUUGUAGUUUUAGGGUAAUAUAUCUAUCAAGUCGUGUACAUAUAUCUGGUCACCUAUUAAUUAGUAGAAGUAACAAGGUUCUGGGAGUACUUUUAUUGUUGUCGCAUCUAUAAUACUGCUGUGUAAAUAGGAACGAACUGGGGAAGAUUUAAAUAUUCAAAU